AAAUAAUCAUAAUCCAUGAUAAACCAAACACCCAAUUGCUUGAAGUACUUCCAGCGAAAACUUUCCGUGGCACCAGCUUUAUCCUCUCUCUCUCUUUCUCUCAAACCGUACACCCAUGUCGAGAGGAACGGACCGUCUGCUGAAGAGCGCGAAGCAAUUCGCAGACAUUCAGUACAAGCUCUUCACUCGGCGUUAUGGCCAACAAUUGAUAGACAUUUUUGAGUUCCCAAUAAAGUUCGUGUUGUCUCCUUUCACUCUCGCAUUUGACAUUGCCGGCUCAGCUCCGCGUGGGUUCGGCGUGCCCGAGUUCAUCUCUAAGCUCUCAUAUUCUGCAAUCUUUGCUGUUGCUACUCUUGGGACUUAUGAUAUCACAUUUGAGCUGGCAAAGAAGGUGCUAUGUCAGAGGGAUUGUAAGACUUGCAAUGGAUGGCAGGCAUUGCAGUGUACUAUGUGCAAAGGCUCAGGAAAGGUGCAGUACCAAGUGAAAAAUUGUACUUUGAAAAGUGGAGAGAAGGCAACAGCUGAAUGUGUUGCAGAUGCAAUCACUGCGAAUCGAGCUGAGUUGGUGCACCUUCCUUCCGGCAUGGAUCUUCAUUUGCCAUUGCCAUCUAAAGACUGUCCAAGUUGUGAUGGAACGGGUGUGAUGGGAUGUCCCGAAUGCAAACACAAGCUAAAAAUCAGAAUCUCUGCAGAUGAUAUCAUGGAGCCUCCAUGGAAAGCCUAUAAUGUAUUGAGAAAGAUGGAUUACCCUUACGAGCGUAUUGUUCACAGCAUGAAAGAUCCCAGCAUUGCUGCAUUUUGGUUGAUUACAAUGCCUCAGAUUGUGGGAGGAUUCGACUUUGAUGAUGAUGUCAAGCAGAAAAUUUGGUGGCAGUACAAGGAGUCUAUGCGGUAUGAUCAACUCCGAGAUUUGGUGACCAAAAGACCACCUGGUUGGGAGUACUUGCAGGAAGCCCUAAUCUCUAUAGAUCCCGUGCGCGCUAGGGAUGAUUCUGUCAUUGUGAAGAACAUCCCUUACUACAAAGCCAAGAAGGCAUUGGAGAUGGAAGUGAUGACUCUUGAUCCUCCUCCACGACCAAAUAAUUGGGGGCAUGUGCAGGAGCUGAACCUUCCCCUGAAUGCAUCAUCUUGGAGUAAAGAAGACCUCAAAAAUCCCAAAAAGUUAUAUGAGAUGACAGUUCUUCUUAAUGCCCAAAGAGAAAUUGCGGAUAAAAUCUUGGAUGCUCAGUGGGAAACAAAGUGGCGUCAGGAGAAGUUGAAUGAAAUGUUGGAAGAGAAGGUGCAGCCCUAUAUCAAGAAUAUUGACAAUGGAGUCCUUUCUCAGCCUAUACUGAUACAAUCCCAAAAGAAUCAGGAUGAGAAGAGGACUCGGCGGCGAAGAUGGUGGUUAUUUUGAUGAUUCCAGAGCUAUACGCUAUCAGCAGAAACUGUCUCUUGACUUUGCCAUGUCAAUGUUCUUCAUUUGGAGACUUACUGCUCUCUGGAUCUUUCUUCAAAGAGCUUGCCUCUUGAUGGGUUGUUCAAUCUCCUUUUUUCUUCAUUUUUUUAAGUGAUCACUGUUAUCUUUACUAUUUGGUGAAAUGUAUUUUUUUUUAACAUUAUCAGUACCAGUAGCAUUUUUGUUAACAUUAUAAAAAAUGGAUUUCCAUUUUUUAAACAUUAUUCAAUUUCCUUUUUUAAACAUUUGUUAAAGUGAUCGCUGUUAUCUUUCCUAUUUGGUCCAAUGGAAUUUGGUCAUGACCAAAACCUGUUUCUCUA